AUGUGCUUCGAUUCGACCCCCUGCGCACGAUGGGAUGCACGAACGAAUCCGUCAAAUCAGGCAAUGGAGGGGUGGUUUGGUUUAAGCUUUCUCCUUCUCUUAGGGCUGGCCUUUUUGCAUAAGAUAUAAUGAGCAGAGAGACAGCGCUGACCUAAAAGGUCGCAUCCCCACAAAAUAAAGAGAGAGAGAGAGAGAGGGGUAAUCAAGAGCUCCAGUUCAGUAUUUUCCUCAUCCUCCUCUCCGGCUACAGAGGGAGCAGGAAUAUGGGGAGAGGGAAGAUCGUGAUCCGCAGGAUUGAUAACUCCGCAAGUCGGCAGGUGACCUUCUCGAAGAGGAGGAACGGGUUACUGAAGAAGGCCAAGGAGCUUGCCAUCCUUUGCGAUGCUGAGGUCGGUGUGGUGGUGUUCUCCGGCACCGGCCGACUCUAUGAUUACGCCAGCACCAGCAUGAAGUCUGUCAUAGAAAGGUAUACUAGGGCAAAGGCAGAGAACCAUCUGAUUGUGGACACAGCUUCAGAAAUAAAGUUUUGGCAAAGGGAGGCAACAAGCUUGAGGCAGCAAUUGCAUAAAUUGCAAGAAACUCAUAGGCAGUUGAUGGGAGAAGAACUUUCUGGUCUAAGUGUCAAGGAUCUAGAAAAUUUAGAGAACCAACUGGAGAUGAGACUCCGUGGUGUUCGAAAGACGAAGGAACAACUUCUAAUUAAUGAAAUUCAAGAAUUGAAUCAGAAGGUACGGCAACCUACUGUCUCUAUGAUACUCAUUGUGUUUGAAGUAAUGCAAUUUCUACUGUUCUCAUUGCAGGGGAGCCUUAUUCACCAAGAAAAUAUGGAGCUUUACCGGAAAAUAAACAUAAUGCAUCAAGAAAACAGAGAGUUACACAAGAAGGUUUAUGCACCAACGGAGGAAAAUGACCCUAAUAGAAAUUCAGUUAUCCCACAUGGUUUUCAUAUAACAAAGGAAGUAAAUGCACUCAUUCAUCUUGGACUACACCAACAACAUCAGCAUGGAGAAGAGUUAAAACUUGGAGCUCCAAAACUAGGCAUAUUUCAAGUGAAAUAAGGAGAGAGAUAACAGAUCAAGAAUCAGCGUUCAUGGUCUUCAUCAUAUUAUCUCGAGGUUAUAACAGUGUUGUAAUUAUCCUAAGCUAUGGUGACAGCACCAUACUACUGCUGGUGUGAUACAAUGGAGACAGCAGUACCUACUUAUGGUCAACUUUGGCCAUUUAAUCCUAAAUUUUCCUCAUCCACUUCUUCCUAUUAUCUUUCCCAACUUCUGCUUUUCUGUCUAAGUAUGAAUUAGAGCUGUAGUAGCAUUUUCCUCUUAUCAUCAUCCUAAUCACCAAUGAUUUAUCUCUAAUCAUGAUGAAAUGCGACAAGUCUGUUCCCUUUAAACUCAAUCAAACUGCACUUGGUUUGAUCAGUCCUAGAGUCUAGAGAUCCUUCUGUUACUCAAAACAGAUCAAACCAAACUGAUUUAACAUAUCAAAGGGAUCAGUUGAUCCAAUUGAAACUCUCAUAAGUUUCACCAAUUCCAGUAGAUGCUAGUGGGUUUCGAAUAUGAUUUGGUGGCAAAACUGUAAUAAGACUAGAAUAUGAAGUGAAU